AUGGUGGUGGGCAUGUGGCUGGGAGUGUCUAACCAAACCAUGCACACAGGCGGCAAUGGAGUGAUGGUCGUUAGGACUGCGGGAUGGAGCAGCGCGUCUUUUCGGCAGCUUCCACUGCGACUGAGCAGCCCCACACUGCUCAUCCCUGUGAUGGGGAAGGACCUGGAAAAGGUGGUCAAAAAAUUGUCUUCUCCCCACACUCCAGACGCAGCUCUCAGCGAGACCAGAUUACAUGGGGAGGACUCCUUGAAAGAGGCUGGUGCUGGGUACACCUUCUUCUGGAAGGGGGUCCCUGAAGGCACUCAUCGUAACCAUGGAGUUGGCUUUGCUGUGAAGUCUAAACUGCUGCAACACAUUCCGGAAUCCCCUAUUGGCAUCAAUGAAAGACUGAUGACAUGGCGCAUUCCUCUGACAAAGAAACGCUUCGCCACUCUCAUCAGUGCAUACGCUCCAACUCUUGAUGCCGAGCACAACAUCAAAGAGGAUUUCUAUAGAGCUCUUGAUGCCAUCCUACAGAAAACCCCGGCUACGGACAGGCUCAUACUCAUGGGAGAUUUCAAUGCUAGAGUGGGUACGGAGCACCUGGUAUGGAGUAAAGUCAUCGGCCAGCAUGGUGUGGGGAAAAUUAACCAUAAUGGGCUCAGACACCUCUCUCUCUGUGCAGAGCACCAGCUGGUCAUUACUAACACCAUUUUCCAGAUGAAGAACAGGCUUAAGACCACCUGGCAGCACCCACGCUCAAAACAUUGGCACCUCCUUGACUACGUGAUUGUCCGUCAAAAGGAUAGACAGGAUGUCCUUACCACCCGUGUUAUGAGAGGAGCUGAGUGCUGGACUGACCACCUCAUGGUCAGAUCCAGUCUACUCAUGAGCAUUCAACCCCGUAGCCCAAGGACAGCCUCUUCCAAGAAACUCAGCUGUACAGCGCUGAACAACCACACCACCAAAGACAACCUCCGACGGCUCCUUGCUGAAAACCUCAGGAAAGUCCUGGCCAAGAUCAUGCUCAGCAGAUUGGUCGAGCACAUCUCGGAAGCUGUGCUUCCAGAAACUCAGUGUGGCUUCCGGAAGUCAAGAUCCACGACAGAUAUGGUUUUUGUCUUGAGGCAGCUGCUGGAGAAGAGUCGAGAACAGCACAAAGACCUUUACGUAGCCUUCAUCGACCUCAGCAAAGCUUUUGACACCAUCAACCGUGAGCUGCUCUGGAGAAAUCUCUCCAGCAUCCUACAGCAGCUGCAUGAUGGGAUGCAAGCCAGAGUACUCACGGGAGAACUCAUGUCUGAGUCUUUCGAGGUAAACGUUGGGGUGAAGCAAGGCUGUGUCUUGGCUCCGGUGCUCUUUAACAUCCUCCUCUCUGCCAUCACCUGCCUCUUCCAUCGUGUCAUGGGGCAUGAAGACGGUGUCCAGGUGGAAUAUCGACUUGAUGGUAGCCUCUUUAACAUCCGUCGACUCCAGGCCCGCACAAAGAUAAAGUCCCGCCAAAUCUGUCAGCCUGGCAGGUCACCUGUGCCACUGCAGUCUCUCAAAUACAUCAAACCAACCAAGACUGACGAUUCGAGAGAUGCACCAAGAGUCACCAGAGGGCGGCUGGUACCCCCCUGGUAUCUGGUUUCCCUUGUUCCAUCUGUGGAAGAGUGUGCGGCUCAAGGAUCGGACUCGACGCCCAUGAGAGGUGGCAACAUCGCUGACCCCCCCCCCACUCCCAUCUCUGGAGCAAGCAUCAUCAUCGAACACGAUGGACAGCUAAGAAAGAGAUGUUCUCAUGGUCUCGUGGGAUUUGAGAUCUCUCAGCGCCGCUGGCUGGGCUUCAUCGAGGCCGCUGGUGUCCUCAGCAUGAAAUUGCUGGUGCUGCUGGUCAGUUUUUGUGGCUCCGGCGGGGUUUGUCCGCGGCAGUGCAUCUGCUCUGCUCCUGCUGAAGUGCACUGCACCUUCCGUGCGCUCCUGACCGUUCCCACGGGCAUCUCCAGACAGGUCCAGCGCAUUAACUUUGGGUUUAACACUAUAAAUCACAUCACAGACGUUUCCUUUGCUGGCCUUCGAAAACUAGAGCUGCUCAUGAUGCAUGGCAACAACGUGCAGAAAAUACCCGAUGCUGCUUUUCAGGAUCUGCUUUCAUUACAGGUUUUAAAAAUGAGCUACAACAAACUGCGAGUCCUUACCGGUCACACCUUCUCUGGUUUGACGGCUCUUGUUAGACUCCAUCUGGACCACAACCGCAUCGAGUUCAUCCACCCGGAUGCAUUCAGUGGCCUGACCUCACUGCGUCUGCUCCAUCUAGAGGCCAACCAUCUGCAAAAGCUCCAUCCUGCUACAUUUAGUACGUUCUCGCUGCUGCAGCGUUUUUCUGUGUCUACCCUGAAGCAUCUGUAUCUCUCUGAAAACCUCCUCAGCACGCUGCCCAGAAACAUGCUGGAGAGCAUGCCGCAGCUGGAGAACCUCUUCUUAUACGCAAACCCGUGGAGCUGCGACUGCCGGAUGAGCUGGUUACAGGACUGGAGUGCACGAAAUCCAGGAGUGAUGAAAUGCAAGAAGGACAGAACAUUUGCCAGCGGUCAGCUCUGUCCACUGUGCGCGUCUCCUAAACACCUUAAAGGACAAGACAUCUCGGAUCUCAAAGAGUUCGUCUGCUCUGGACCAGCUAUCAGCUCUCCAGGAAAGAACGUCUCACAAGAGAACAACAUGAGUGAGCUUCUGCCCAUCGACAGGAUCAAACCACCAUUUGGAAACGUCUCCCUUGGUUUAUCCGACGAGCAUGGGACUAAAGUUGACUUGAUCUGCCAAAUACUUGAACCAAGAGAAUCCACUAAAAUCAGCUGGAAUUAUACAAAAUCUCUCGAGAUCGCUGCUAACGUGACUCUCUUCUUUGACCUGGAGUGUCCUGUGGACAGAGACAACUAUGAAAGCUUUUGGAGGCUUCUUGCGUACUAUAGUGAUGUGCCUGUGCAUCUGCGAAGGGAAAUCAUGCUAAGUAGAGAGCCGCAGCUUAGCUACAGAUACAGACAGGACAUGGAAAGGGAUGCCUAUUUUUACUCUGGUGUCCGAGCCAAUGUUGUAGCCCGUCCAUCUUGGCUCAUGCAGUCCUUCAUGAACAUCAAGUUAAACAGGCCUUAUUCCUCCUCCAAGAGUGUGAGACUCAUUCUAAACACUCAUUUGACUACCACCACAGACAAGGAGCCCGUCAGAUCUUGGGUCAUGAUUGAGCAUGACAAUAAAACCCAGACGAGCUUCAGUUCUGUUGUGGGUGGUGCGAUUGAAAUGGACUGCCGUGUGCAAAGCUCUGGAAACGCAGCUGUUCACUGGAUGGCGCCCGAUGGGUCAAAGAUUAAAGCUGCGUUCGGCUCGACCGACAAAAGAGUGACUGUUUCUAGCAGCGGCAAACUUCACAUUAAAUCUGUCGAGCACAGAGACUCUGGAGUUUAUUAUUGCAUUGCUGAGUUUGCAGGAGAUAUUGAUGUUCUGCCUUUCCGUUUUUCCGUUAUGGAGUCCUCAACCCCGCUUCCAGGUGAAGAAUUUGGAAACGCUUUAACAAAGUUUGUUGGCGAGUCUGCAUCUUUGCCCUGUCUUACUACGGCGACUUCAGAUGCUGUGGUGAAUUGGAUAUUUCCAGAUGGCAGUGUACUGAAUGCCAAAGCAAAUACAUCCAGGGCUUUAGUCUUUCCCAAUGGGACUUUGUUCAUUCCUUAUAGUCAGCUUAACAAUAAUGGAUAUCACAAAUGUGUCGCCAUGAACCAACACGGUGUGGAUGUACUGGCGACUAAACUAACUGUUAUGAGGCGGAAAGGAAUCCAGCCACUGCGACAGUAUCCCAUCAGGCCGCAGUCUGCCGCGGGAGUGUCAACUAAGGUAAAAGCCUAUUUGGAGGAUGUAGAGGAAGCUUCCGGAGAUGAAACUCAAAAGAGAGCUGUACCAAACAGAAGCUUUAUUAAUCGAAGGAAGGGUCCAAAUGCAAGAACGCAAGGACGUUCUUUUGGCAACAUCCACCAUAGGCGACCCUUUAGAAAGGGCAUGCCUGGACAACCAAACAGAACUGGCUUAACAAACCAAAGAACUGUUAAUACCAAGAACAAUAUAGACCCUCAGAAGUGGGCCAUUCUUUUGGCCAAAAUCCGUGAGAAAACCUCUCUGAGGAACUCAUCAGUUAACAUUGUCCAACAUGGCACUGCAGAGACGGUGAAUGUAGAUCAUCCGAGGUCGAUUGACAACAUUGAGAGUUCUUCUGGAGACUCCAGUCCAAAAGAAGAGUCAAACACUUUCAGCAUGCCACACCAAACGGAUGUUUACCACAGGCAUGCAAUUACACCUCAUAUCAAGGGAAAAAAUAAUAACAUAUACCUAACGGCUCCUCCAGAAUUACAAACUAGCUCAGACGAGGUGCCUUACAUCUCAAAUCCCACAUCUGGAGCCCAUUAUGUUAUGACAGAAGUGAAUGUUGUAGAAAGAGGCCAUGUGAGCACCAUAAGUGCCAAAAAUGACCAAGUAAAUUCCAGGUCUGUCAUCAAAGCUGAGUCUGAGAAUGAAAAUGAGCUAAAUUUCUCCGGAAAGACUAGCGUCCAGUCACAGAUUGGGGGUUUUGAUUUUGGACAGCCUGACAGCAAUUCAUUUGCUACCAUAUCAAGCCCACGUGCUUCACCAAGUUCAGCGCCGUCCAGAGCAAAAGCUCAUUGGAACUCCAGGAGAAGAUUUGGAGGUAGGCGACGAAUAAAAUUGAGAAGGCCGUUCUCAAAGCUUCCGACAAGAAGACGAUGGUCAACCUCUACAGCUGCAGGAGUUCAUGUUCCAACUUUGAAAUCAGAUCCGACAAGCCCAGCUGAAGACGCAAUGAUCCAUCCAACCUCUACAACUACUGCUCCGUCAAUCCAUCCAACUAUCCCAGUAACAGCUCACAUUUACUCCACAACCUUAGCUGAAAGCACAUCGGAAUAUCCGACUACUAGUCCCAUUUAUCCUACAGUGCCGAUGGUAUUCCCAAAUGCCAUAAAUGAGGAAAACACUAUCUCCCUCCCGGAUGAGAAAACUGGUUCAAAAAUCCACAAAGUAAAGGCAAGCAAUUUCCUCCAUAUCCAACAGAUGCCUCCAAACUCUAGAAGCCCAUCUGCAUCUCCCCCCAUGAGCACAAUAUCAGAGUUUGAGAAUGAAGACAUUACUCCUUUCGAGGUGGAAGAGGACAGAAUCAUUGCAUCUGCAGAGGAGAUGGAUGAGUACUCUGUUCCCACGAGUGUAGAUCCGACAUCUCGACUUGGCGUUGAAACCAUUUCACUGACAACUGCCCAGCAGGAUUUCUCAGGCAUGCUUUCAACAGCGUUACCAAAGGCCAACAAAGAAAUUCAUCCAACAGAGAUCAGCUUUACUUUGAACACAGACGGGCUGGAUGUCUUCCACUUACCUGAAUCACACUUCAGCAAUGUUCUAAGAGAGAACUAUACAUUGGAAGUAAGUUCUACAGAAGAAUCUUUAGUCACCUCCAUGCCACGGCCCCAAGACUACCCUUCACAAACAAAUGAAAGCUUUAAAGAAGAAGAAUCCAUUCACAACCAAGUAUCUUUCCCUUCAACACCAGAGACACUUGCAGAAUCCAUAAUAUCUGUUGGGAGACAAACCGAGUCUUUAGCCACAAGUUCACCAUCGCCUACUCUUACUACUCAAACCAAUGAGAUUUACUUCUUACAACCAAACUCUGUUUCUAAGCAAUACCAGAGGGAAAGGUUAGUCCAUGGACUCGAUGAACCUUUGAUUCCUCCUACAUCUCUGAAUACUUCACCCACAAUUACAUUACCAGCAACUACAGCCAUAAUUCCCAUUACAACCCAACACAUUGGAACAACAACAGCACCUACUACACUGUCGACAGCUGGUACUAUUACUGGGCCUAUUUCGACCACUUCAGCUACUACGAUGACGACUACUACUACUACUACUACUACACCUGCUAUAAAGUCAACACUUAGUUAUCUCUUACCAGACAAUAGAAUCCCAUUUUACUCAAGAAAUCCUGGAACGAACUACAUCGAUUCCAGGCACAGGGGAAGAUUUCCCAGCGCUAACCACAGGUAUCCGUACUAUAACAGUAGAAAUCAUUCUGUGAAUAUUAGACCUAAUAUUAUCAGAAAACCUUCCGUCACCACCUCACCUGUUGAUUUAAACUCUCUCACCAACGUCAAAUCAACUACUACACCUAAGAUAUUGACAGCAACUGCUCGAUCUGCUACCUCGAGUCCCACAACUGCGUCAAGCACCACACAGCCAAACAACCAAAUUCAGAUCGAUGAACCAGUGAACAGACAGUCAGGUGCAAUUCUGUUUCCUCAAGGACCGCAAAUGAGGCCCAGGAUCACUGCUGCCAAACUCCACACAGUCACUGUGAAUGCUGGGACAGAUGUGCAGUUACCAUGUGAUUCUGUGGGGGAGCCGAAACCCCUCCUGACCUGGACCAAAGUCUCCACAGGAGCUGUCAUAUCAAUAAAUACCAAAAUCCAGCGAUUUGAGGUCCAGUCCAAUGGAACGUUUGUCAUCCACAGCGUUCAGCUUCAGGACCGCGGGCAGUAUCUGUGCAGCGCUCGCAAUCCACACGGCAUUGACAAGAUGAUGGUGACCCUAGUGGUGUUGGCCCACGCGCCCAGGAUGAUGCCUCCACGUCAUAAAGAUAUAACAGUUUAUCCAGGAAACAGUGCUUUCUUGGAAUGCCAAGCACAAGGCCUCCCAAUCCCAAACAUCAGCUGGGUGCUUCCGGAUCGAUCGGUAGUGCGAGCCGUUAGUAACAGCAAACAGAAGGUCAUGCUCUUCACCAAUGGAACGCUUCAAGUCAAAAACACCAAUUACCCGGACAAGGGCGUCUACAAAUGCAUAGCGAGCAACGCCGCUGGAGCCGACAUGCUUUCCGUAAGGCUCCAAAUCGCAGCCUCGCCUCCCACAAUCCAAGAGCAGCUCUGGGAGAACUACACCGUCUCUGAUGGCCAAUCAGCUAUCAUGCACUGCACCGCUAAAGCCACACCCGAUCCGACCAUCCGCUGGGUCACGUUUACCAGCACACAGCUUCGCCCCUCGCAGUUCAUCAAUGGCAAUUUGUUCGUUUUCCCCAACGGGACGCUGUUUAUCCAUAACCCUGCAGAGAAGGAUUCUGGGAAUUAUGAAUGCGUGGCUGUGAAUUCGGUGGGUGUUGCUAAAAGGACUGUGAAUCUGCAGGUGAAGAAAAGCUCCACUACUGCCAGAAUCAUGUCCACAUCUGCACACAGUACAGAUGUCCGCUACGGAGGUCAGCUGAGUCUCAGCUGUUCGGCCACUGGAAGCCCCAAUCCCAGGAUCAUCUGGAGGACGCCGUCUAAAAAACUGGUUGAUGCAUAUUACAGCUUUGAUCGCAGAAUGAAAGUGUUCGGCAACGGCACGCUCACCAUCACGUCAGUGACCGAGAAGGAUGAGGGAGACUAUCUCUGUGUGGCCAGAAACAAAAGGGGCGACGACUACGUCCUCCUUAAAGUCAAUGUGAUGAUGAAAGCGGCUAAAAUCGACCACAAGUCACUGAGCGAUCACGAGGUGUCGUUCGGAGGAGAGCUGAAAGUCGACUGCGUCGCUUCUGGUCUUCCUAAUCCAGAAAUCACGUGGAGUCUCCCAGAUGGUACCAUGGUCAACAGCAUCCCUCAAUCUGACGAUAACGGGGUUCGUGCCAAGAGAUACGUGAUGUUCGAUAAUGGCACACUGUAUUUAAACGAAGUUGGAAUGAAGGAGGAAGGCGACUACACGUGCUAUGCCGAGAAUCGGAUUGGGAAAGAUGAAAUGAAGGUUCAUAUCAAGGUGGUGGCGGAUGCACCGAUCAUCCAAAGCAACGUUUACAGCAUCGUCAAAGUUCCUUACGGAGAAACCGCCGUCCUCAACUGCAGUGCCAAAGGAGAGCCAACUCCCAUAAUCACAUGGACGUCUCCGGCUCAUCGCGCCAUAGUGCCAGUUUCCCACAAGUACCAAAUCGUCAACGAUGGCACUUUGCGCAUUCAAAAAAUCCAGAGGUUUGACAGCGGGAAUUAUACGUGCUCAGCUAGGAACGUUGCGGGAAUUGACAAGAAAGUCGUUCACGUUGAAGUCCUUGUGUCAACGCCGGUUAUAAACGGAUUUGAGAGUCUUGGGGUCAUUCGUAAAGCUGUGGUAAAGGAUCAGCGCGUACUUUUAGACUGCAAACCAAACGGAAACCCAAUUCCGAGGAUCAUAUGGGUGUUUCCCAACAACAUUGUGCUUCCAGCGCCGUACUACGGCUCGAGUAUUACGGUUCAUCGCAACGGCACGCUGGACAUCCACGCGGUGCGGAUAAGCGAUUCCGUCGCGCUUCUUUGCAUCGCACGUAAUGAAGGAGGAGAAGCCAAACUCCAGGUUCAACUCGAGGUGACCGAAGGAGUUGAAAAGCCUCGAUUGCGAAAUCCGCCUACAGAGUCCGUCCAACUCUCCGAUGGGAUAAUAAAUCUAAAUUGUUCCGUAGAAGGAAAACCGUCGCCGGAGAUCACUUGGAUUCUCCCGAAUGGGACGUCGCUUCUUAGGGGAACUAGUAUUUUCCGUUUCCAUCAUCGAUUUGAUGGGACUUUGGUUAUUAGAGACCCGUCGGUUUCCGAGAUCGGACGGUAUCAAUGCGUCGGGCGCAACAACGCCGGAUACGUCGAGCGAAACGUGACAUUAGAGUCCAACAGAAAACCGGAAAUCACUAACAAGUACAGCUCACUCGUCAGCAUCAUAAACGGCGAGAAUCUGCAUCUCAACUGUUUGUCCAGUGGUCAGCCGUUACCUGAACUUACCUGGACUCUACCGAACGGAGUCGUCCUAACCAGGCUGCAGACAACCGGACGCUAUUCGGUCCUAAACAACGGCACUCUUGUUGUCCAAAGGACGUCUGUGUACGAUAGAGGGAUGUACCUCUGCCAAACGACUCAUGAGCAUGGAUCGUCCAGCCUGUCGGUUUCGGUGAUAGUAAUUGCGUAUCCGCCGCGGAUAACCAAAGGACCCUCGCCGGUGACUUACGCUAGUCCAGGUGUGGCCGUUCAGUUAAACUGCGUUCCUCUCGCUACACCUAAAGCCGAGGUGGUUUGGGAAAUGCCUGACGGUCUUCAGCUGAAGGUUGGCAUCCAGCCGCGACUUUAUGGAAACAAGUAUCUCCAUCCGCAAGGUUCACUGGUCAUUCAGAACCCUUCCGGCAGAGACAAUGGCGUUUAUAAGUGCACCGCCAAAAACGUGGUCGGUAGCGACAGCAGAUCAACUUACGUCUAUGUGUUUUGAUGCAAACUAACUUUACA